AAAAGAAAAAAAAAAAAAGAAAAAAAAGUGGCUUGUGCAUAAUGAAAUUCAUGCUUGUCAUUCUCACACUCAUAUUGCAUUUAUCAAAUGGAAAAAUGAGCAUGUUGCAGGAAAAGAUUGCGCCAUAUAUCAAAAUUGAAUCAAUGAACAAGGAAAAUGACACAAUUGUCUUUCUAUCUGCAUAAGUUGUACAUGCUUAUAAAUUGCUUCUCUCUCUGUUAAUUUCUUAAAUUUUCUUUUUCUUUCUUAUUUAUUUAUUUUAUUCAAUAUGUCUCUUCGUCUUGGUUCUAUUGCUCCUGAUUUUGAAGCUGAAACGACAAAAGGUAAAAUCAAAUUCCAUGAUUUUAUUGGUGACCACUGGACUGUUCUCUUUUCCCACCCUGCUGAUUUCACUCCUGUCUGUACCACUGAACUUGGUCUUGUAGCUGCCCUUCAAGACGAGUGGGAGGCUCGCCAUGUCAAAGUGAUUGGUCUGUCUGCCAAUGGCCUUGACGAACACGAAAAAUGGAUUGCUGAUAUUAAUGAAAUCUCUCGUGUGAAGCUUGAUUUCCCUAUCAUUGCUGAUGCAGAUCGUAAGGUUUCUACUCUUUAUGACAUGUUGGACCAUCAAGAUGCUACCAAUGUAGACACAAAGGGUAUCCCAUUUACCAUUCGUUCUGUCUUUAUUAUUGAUCCUAAAAAGACAAUUCGUUUAAUCUUGACUUAUCCCGCUUCAACAGGUCGUAAUUUUGACGAAAUUUUACGUGUGAUUGACUCCUUACAACUGGGUGAUAAACAUCGUAUUACUACACCUGGUAAUUGGAAAAAGGGUGACGAUGUGAUUGUUCAUCCUUCUGUAUCAACCGAGGAAGCACAGAAAAUCUUUCCCAAGGGUGUUAAAGUGAUUAAGCCUUAUUUACGUCUUACACCUUCUCCUUUUUAAGACUAAAACCUUUCAAAAUAAACAAAUCAUCUGAUUGGCCAUGUAGAAUUAACUUUUUUUUCUUUUUGCAUAUAAAACUAGCCUUUACGUCAAAGUUAU